UAAUAAAUAAUGUGUCAUUAUAAUGUUAGAUUGUAUAAAACUCCUGGACAACGACAACGGUGAUGACAUUUACAUUGCACACGCGCUGUUUAUUUCUUCUAAAACAAGGUAUAAACGCAAAUUGACAAUAAAUUAAGAUGGUGGCUAAAAGACGAGGGAAACGAAAAAAUCCUUCAAAAGACCUCGUAUUUGAAGUCAGUGAUAGUGACGUUUCAUCGGAUAACUCAGAUAAUGAAAGUAACGAGCCCCAUAGAAAGGUAUUGAAGACUAAUUCCCAAUUCGUUGAAUCUGUUGUGACUGCUCUUUCUAACCUACAAAACGAGGAGAGAAUAGAAACACUGGCAUCGCGUUCCAAAACAGAUAAUGAAGAAACUAUACAGUUGGAUGAGAGUAUUGUUGAAAUUGCUGAUAAAUCUUUAGAAGUUGAUAAUAAAAUAGAAGAGCAAGCUGCCAGUGCUAAGGAGGAAAUUAUAUUUUUAGAUGAGAGCUCUGAUGGCAGUGUUCACAAAUCUUCAGAAAAUGUAGAUAGUAUCAUAUUUAUAGGAGAAGAUACUUUAUAUGAAUAUAAAGCAAAUACUGAUCAAAGUACUAAUGAAUCUUCACAAGACCUCAAUAGUUCAGUUAUAAUUUUAGAAGAAAAUUGCUCAAAUGGAUUUUCAAACUGUAAUAAAGAUACUGAACUAAAUUUGGGAACAUCUAGUAUCAAAGCACCUUUUGAAACUUCUGUAGCUACAGAUUUAGAAGAAGGAGAGUUGUCAGCAGACGAUAAUGUUGAUGCAAGGGUACCAGACAUAUACAUAACUUUUAGCUCUGAAAGCAUAAGCAAUCUGUACAGAUCAAAAUUUUUAGACUUAAUAAAUACUUGUACUAAUUUAAGAGUAGUUGAACAAGAUGAUCUCACAAUUACUAUACUAAAAGAUGUAGAUGAAAUUCCUCAAACACCAGAAGAAUCCAAAAAGGAUGAAACUUACAUACAGCCCCCAUGCCAAGUCACAUCAGAUGGACAGACUCCAAAAAAGAAGAAAAAAAGGAAAAGGGUGAAAAAGGAAAAAGAAUUAUUCACAUUAGAUACCAAACCAUCUGAAGAUGUGAAUCCAGUUGUUGCACAUUAUUCAAGUAAAUUCCAAAUCUCAGAAAAUAGUGGUGAAGAAGUUAACGUUUCAUCCUCCCAGAGUUGUUUGAAUUGUGAUCAGAAUCACCUUCUCAAAGAUUGUCCAUUGCCAAGAAAUUAUAUCAAGAUUAACCAAAUGAGACAACAGUAUAAAAUGAUUAGAGAAAAAAAUUCAUUACGUUAUCAUAUAGAAGAAGACCAAAAGUAUGACCACUUAAAACCCGGUAAGAUCUCAACUAAACUUCGAGAAGCUCUUGGUUUGAAGUCAAAUCAGAUUCCAUCUUAUAUAUACCAAAUGAGAAUCCUUGGUUAUCCACCAGGUUGGCUAGAAGAAGCCAAAUUAUUCUAUUCAAAUCUAGCACUUUUUGAUUCAGAUGGAAAGCAUGUACUAUCAGAAAAUGUAAAGAAAAAUCCUGGAUUGGAUCCAAACAAAAUUAUUGAGUAUCCUGGAUUUAAUGCUCCAAUGGAUAAAUAUAGUAGAGAUGAAUAUAGGUUAUAUAGAGUGCCUUCAUACUCGUCUCAGUAUAGUAAAGAAUCAAUGAUUGAGUAUUUUGAAAAAGAAUAUUCCAAACAGCAAGAUGACUUUCAAACCUUGGAUAUGGACUUAGAUGUAAUUGAUGAUAAUGAUUAUAAAGAAAAACCUUGUAGUAUACCAACUUGUCUUCCUAGAGAUUUAGAAAAAGAUGUCCAAUCUCCCUCGAUGCUUGACUUGGAGACACAAAAACAAAGUCUUUUAGCCGCCUUAGAUGACAGCUCAGGAUCUCUCCUGAAAUCUGAAGACUGUUCUGAGAAAGAACCACCACAGCCAGGAUUAGAAGAGGAAAACCUAAAGCACGACCCUGAACAAAAUACAGUGGUGGAACAAUCGAAAACUGAAUGCUCGGCUUUGUCGUCUGAAUCAACAAGCAAUAAAAUCUUGAAUAGUGAUUAUGGUACUCCUAUUUUAAAAAGUUGUUCACGUUUUUUGACUUUACCUAACCCCGACAAUUUCACAAAAGACGUCAGCCCCGUUAUUAAUUUUGAAAAUUUACCAAAUUCCACUGGUAAGUACCAACAAAUGUCUGGUUUAUUACAAAAAGUAAGAACUACUUUGAAAAGUAUACAGAAAAAUAAUUCAUGAUAGUAUUUGUGAUUACAAAUAAAUUUUGGAGUGUAUAAAGUGAUUUUUUACAAUUUGAUGGAACUUUUGGUGUAUAUAAAACGUACAGUAGCAAUUAAUGCAAUGUUAAUCACAUGGCUCAAACAGAACCAUGUGUUCAAAUUUGAAUUUUUUAAUACUUUUAUUGUUUAUUUGAACGAUUUUUAUAGUACUUUGUUAAUUCUCUCCAUAUUAUGGAAUUUUUUUAUUAUUAAACAUAAUGGAAUCAAAUUUAUUUUAAUCGAUAAAUUUUUAUCACUUCAGUGCAUAUUAAACUGUUAACAAUCAUUACAUCAACACUCACUAUUACACUGGGUGGUUCAUUUAACCGGAUCUGAAUAUAUGAAACACUGGAAACACCAGACAGUGUAAUUAAGGGGAUAUUCUGGUUUAGAACCCUAGAUUUUUACUAUUUUUAUAUUAUAUUUGUCGACUUUUUAAGAAUAUAAAAAUAAAAUAAAACAAAAAAUCAGAAUUUCAAUAAAUUACAGGCCAGUAAAGUGGGGGCUACAAAAAAGGUGCACCCUGGUUGACAUGAUUCCAGCCCUUGUAGUGAUCUAGAAAAUUCUUUUUUGACCUUUAUGAAUUUUUUAUAAAUGCCCCAAAUUGAAAGUUUUUAAAUUCUAAUGCAGACGCGAUGGAGAGAUAUAUAAAAAAGAUUUCCACCAAAUUUUAAAGGAAUCGUUUCGGUAAAACUUGAGAUAACAUGUCAACCACUUCAAAAAAACUAGUUUUGAGGAAAAUGGUUUACGUCAGAAAAUCAACUGUAUCUUUUUUUUAUUUGAAUUUUAAAUACUUUAUUUUAAUAUCAUAUCAUAUAAAUAAUACUUUUAUUUAUCAAUUGCAUAGCAUUCAUACAUUAAAAUCUUCGUUCACUUAGUUAACUACUAAAUGUUAUACCUACAUAUUUCACACGUUUCCUUGAUUUUUUUAAAAGUAUCUAUAAAUAUAUAUAAUUAUUAUUUUAAUCGUAAUUUUGUUUUCCCUAACCUUAAAUAGCUAGACGGUUUUUCAAAUUUAUGGUAUAUUAAAUAAAAAUGUAAGGGUACCUAAUACUGUAAAGUAAUAUCUAAGAAAGAAAUGUCGUGCUAUAUGUUUUAUUCAAAUACGUAUCAAAGGUUAUAAAGUAAAUUCAUACAAAACGAUAUAAAUAAUAAUAAUAAUAAUCUUUAUAAACAACAUAUGGUCCUUUCCUGAAUAAAUUCUUUGUUUUCAAAAAAGGUGGUCGAGAGGGAUAUAAGGGCGGAUGAAUUUUUAUUUUAAUCUAAAUCGGAAUCUGAUUCCGAUGAGGACGAAUCAGCUGUUAAAUUUAUUAUUAGAGGUUCCACUUGUUUUUCCAUUAAAUUAUCAAUGUCCCACAUUUUAUUUCGAAAAAAGUGGACAUGUUGGAUUGCCUUACUCCAAUUGGUUUGGGUAACAUUAUUUAAAGCUUUAGUAAAUAAAGUUUGAACAUCACUAAUUUUAAAUGUUGUGUUUUUCCUUGCCACCUCACCCUUGAUUUGUGCCCAUAUGAGUCCAAUUGGGUUGAAUUCACAAUGGUAAGGUGGCUCAGAUUCAUUUUGUCAAAAUUCUAAAAGUAUUAAAGCAAUGACGCGUUUAGAAAUGAUUGUUCUUCAGAUUGAAUAACAUAAAGACAGUUUAAAUUUAGUUCCAUGAAUAUCACAGCCACUUUAAACAAUAAAAUUUAUUUUAAAAUAGAGGAUAUUCAAUGUAUAACAUAACUAUAAUACCACAUAUUAAAGAAUAAUAAAAAUUAAAGUACAUGUUUAACAUGCGCUAUUAUACAGUCACAUAAUUCUUACUGUAAAAACGCAUGUUAGAAAUGUAGUUUAAUUUUUCAUUUUUAUCAAAGUAAAUAAAUAACAUAAUAAAACAAAAGCUUAAAAUAAUUAUUAAUAUAAAAUUUUUAGAAUAUAAUUAUAAUAAUGAAUUAAUGUAAAGAGCAGCUGUGUGAACUUGACUUUCUCAGACAUUGCUUCAGACAAUACGAAUCGUUAUAAAAGGUACCACUAGCAUCCCAUGAGCCGAUCACGCGUUUUUAUCGCUCUCCGACCGCUACCGACCGGCCAGAUUAUAGUACUGGUUAUAAAGGUAAAAAAUGGCGCAUAACUAAAUAUUUUUUUCUCGUUUUCUUUAUUAUAAUUACUUAUAAAACUGUUUUUCAACAUCAAGAGAGCUUAUAUAGUAAUUUACCACCUUUGAAUAAAAAAUUGAAAGAUCAAAACAAAAUGGCGGCUGUUAAGAAAAAUAUGUAAAAUUAACGUUUUUUUCACUUUCACAAAUUAUAACUGGUACUAGUCCUUUAAGGGUCUAAGAUUUGAAAAUGUGAAAAAAAUCGAUUUUUCAAAUUUUUAAACCAGAAUACCCCAUUAAGAGUAUUUGUGAAGUGGUAGUGAACAAUUUGCACAAAAAAAACCAUUGAAUGAAAAUAUUUAUAUUGAUCAUGAAACUGUUUGAUUGAUAAUUGAAACUUUUUAAAUAUUUGCAUGUGAGAUAUAAUAAAUAAUAUUUUACACGAUUUCAUGAUAACUUUGAUUCCAGAACAAUCUAGUACUAUAUUGCGCAACUUGUGUGAAAUAUCCACUAUAACAUGAUAUGUUAUACAAAAAUAAACUUUAUAGGGUGAAGUAUUAAGUAUUUUUUGUAAGAAAAAAUCUCAUCUAUCAGACUUGUUAAAUAAAAAAUAAUUUUCGUUCAAUAACUAGAUUUAACACAGCAUCUACUUUUAUAUUUAGAAUCUUCUAAAUACUGCAAAUUUUUAAACUCAUAUUUUCAAUUCAUCUGCCAACUUGAAAUCUAUACCUAUAUUUGUAUUUGAAAAAAAAACUUUUAAAUUUUAAAAAAAUUUUAAAUCCUUGACUUUAUAUAUUUUUGUUACAAAUAAAGUACUCUUGCUGCGUUAUCAGUCGAUUAAACUGAGUAAUUUUGUCACACUUUGAGCUAGAGCCAGAUCUUCUCGAAGUGAAUACAUUAAUUUCUAGUGUAUUUAGUACAUCUCAAAAUACAAAUACUUCAUUAUGUACACUUUUUUUUAUAUUGGAAAAAUAAGAGAGGAGCAAUUCUUUAGAAGGUGAAUUCAGAACUUUAUUUUUAGCCAGUUAUGGUUAUACAUAAAUUUUCUAAAAGUAUUUACUGCCCGAGAGAAUUAUUUCCUUAUAUACUCAGAAAACUUUUAUUAUAAUAGAAAUAUAUAACUUUUUGUGUUUUAUGCAAUGUUUAUAGCAGGGGUACUCAAUGGGAUGUUAAAGAGUGCUAAUUUAUCGUAUCCUUUAAGAAUUGAGGUUUGCUACUACUACUACUACCACUGGAAUUAAGGCCUUCAAAGAGCCUUGGCCUCGUCCACCACAUUCCUCCAGUCAUCACGAUCCGACGCUCGGCGUUUCCACUCACUCACACCUGGCUUCCGAAGAUCCUCUUCGAUAUCAUCCAGCCAUCGUCUGCGCGGUCGUCUAGGCAGUCGCCGGUCCUCGGGCUUCUUGCCUAGCCAUCUGAGUCUGGCCUUCUUGACUUCUGUCACCAGGCCGAGGUCUUCUUAGAGCCGGUAGGAACUCGGUGUUUAUACGGCUGCGCCACACGCUCUGCUCGCACACUGGCCCAUAUAUUCAGCGUUAGAUCUUUCACUCUCACACGUUGAGCAUCCGCUGUUGAACACCCAGGUCUCGGGCGGAGAAUUGUGCGAUAGAUCCGCUUUUUCGUUCUCCAAUUCAGUAUACGUCAUUUCAUUAACCGUUGGAGACUGAAAUAUGCUCUAAUCCCCGCUUUCACACGUUAUCUUAUUUCACAUUGAGUUGUUAUUAUUUGCGGUCGCAGGUAUUUAAACGAUGGUACAUUUUCCAACUUAUCCUACUUCGGAGUUCAGUUGUUCCUUGACAUAAGUAUGUAUUUUGUUUUAUAUUCGUUAAUGAUAAGCCUCGCUCCACAUGAUUCCUCCUCCAGCUGCUCAAAGCUUUUCUUCAGUUCAUGCUCAUGGUAUAAUUUUAAUUAAUAUUUUUUUUCGGACACUGAGGGGCGUACAAAAUUGCAUUGCGGGCCGUAAACGGCUCGUGUAAUAAGUAUCCCUGGUCUAUAGUGUUUUAGUUUUAUUGAAAAUCUGAUGUAACCUCACUUAGCCUUAAAUGCUCUCUUAUAUUCAUAUGUGAUUGACAAUAAAUGAAAAUAAUGAUCUUAAUAUAUUGUAAUCACUCCCAAAAUGUGAACUAUGAAUCAAAACAGUUGGGCAGGUAUUUAAUUAAAUAAGGGUCUUAAAUAACUCUUCUGCAGCAUUGUAUAUAACUUAUUAUCCAGAUUUAGAGAAAAGUGUACACGUGAACCUUUAUUUUCAAACAUACUGAAACUCUAGAAAUUUUAUUUGUUUUAUUGGAAAUAAUUUUUAAAUUUUGUACCAACAACUGCAACUAUAUGUUCAGUUGUUCAAAAUUGUAAAAUAUCCCGCAAUAUAAAUGUUAGGUUUAGUUUUGUAAACUUUGUAAUUUUGAAAAUUAUUUUAUAAAUAAAUUGAUAUUAGAGGGGAUUUUAAA